AUGAUGCAUAAAGAAGUCACUUUUCCACGGUUCUUCAAAGUGAUACGCACGCUAAAUCUGGAGGGAAAAAAAACAUCUGAAAUAUUAUGGGAAAGUGUUCGGCCCUUUGCGAGAUCUGUUUGACGUACUUGCGGAAAAUAGUGGAUUAAAACUAUGAUUAAGCCAUAUUGUACGUCAUUUCUUCUCCGUUUGCUUGAAUCGUCGAAUAGAAUCUGAUGCAAAAUGAAGUUUGGGAAGAAUAUUUGCAUCCUAAACGUUGGUGGCACCAAGUAUGCUUUCACGAGAGAAGUCAUCAAGGAUUUUCCUCUCCGCAGAGUGAGUCGACUCCACAAUUGCGCCUCUGAAAAAGAGGUCUUGGAGGUGUGUGACGAUUAUGACCGGGAGAGAAACGAGUUUUUCUUCGACAGGCACUCUGAAGCUUUUGUCUUUAUUAUGCUUUACGUGCGAUCCGGAAAACUCAGGUUUGUCCCGCAGAUGUGUGAGCUUUCUUUUUAUAACGAAAUGAUUUACUGGGGUUUGGAAAGCUCACAUUUGGAGUUUUGUUGCCAGCGGAGACUUGAGGAUAGAAUGUCCGACACAUACACGUACUUUUCAGAGGAGGAUAUCAAGGCGGAGGUGGAGUCCAGAGGUGAGGAGGAUCAGGUCAGCAGGUUCUCAUCUGGCGGAGGGAACACGCGGUGGAUGGAAAGGAUGCGAAGGACUUUUGAGGAACCUGCUUCCUCUCUCGCGGCGCAGAUCCUCGCAUCAGUAUCCGUGAUUUUUGUCAUUAUGUCAAUGGUCAUUCUUUGCGCUAGCACUCUACCAGACUGGGAUACAGCAAAAAACAAUACCGUGGAAGAACACAGGAUUAUCGAGGCAGUGUGCAUUGGCUGGUUUACUGCUGAAUGUAUAGUUCGCUUCAUUGUCUCUCGGGACAAAUGUGAGUUUGUGCGGCGGCCCCUUAAUAUCAUUGACCUGCUGGCAAUCACCCCUUACUACGUGUCUGUCACUAUGACAGCACUGACGGGAGAGAACCCGCAGCUCCAGCGCGCUGGAGUCACCCUGCGCGUGCUCCGAAUGAUGCGCAUCUUCUGGCUAAUUAAGCUGGCGCGUCACUUCCUUGGCCUGCAGACACUCGGACUAACGUUGCGCAGGUGCUACCGAGAGAUGGUCAUGCUGCUGGUGUUUGUUUGCGUUGCCAUGGCAAUAUUCAGCGCCUUGGCACAGUUACUGGAGCACGGACUUGACCUGGAGACUAGCAACGAGGACUACGCCAGUAUCCCGGCUGCCUGCUGGUGGGUUAUUAUCUCCAUGACGACUGUCGGCUAUGGAGACAUGUAUCCCAUCACCAUUCCGGGACGCGUGCUGGGUGGCGUGUGUGUUGUGAGUGGCAUUGUGCUGCUGGCUCUGCCCAUUACUUUCAUCUACCACAGUUUUGUGCAGUGCUAUCAAGAACUCAAAUUCCGCUCAGCACGCUGUGUGCGAAGUCUCUCUUCUGAGUUUCUCAACUGACUGUAGCAAUUUCAUCCCGAGAUCCUCUGAACCUGCUGGUCUUCAGCUUAGUAACAUCACCUGCUCUUCUGUGCCUUUAUUUUUUUAAUAUAAAAACUGUUAGUUCUAUACUGAUUGUAACACGCAGCAUCAGCAUUCAGACCAUCUGUAUCAACCUGUUACAGUAUAUCCAAAUAAUAACAUUAGUACCUCUGUACUGUAGGACACAUUCUGGAAUUUACUGGCUUUGGACAAUACAAAAGUAUAACUUAUCUCCUCUUAAAGCUGGAAAGUGCACAGAAAUCAUUAUGAUCCAAAGGAAUUGAAGUAGCCAAUGUUUGUGUGACCAACAGCAUUAACCAUAUAUGAAAUGGACAACUUUGGCAUUUGACAACUACAGAUGGCCAAGCUGCCUGAAAUGGGCAUCUGGCGAGACCUUGUGUCCAGAUAGCGCUUCAGGCUAGAAGGAGCUUAUACAAAUUCUCAUGUUUCCAUGGAGAGGUCCGUCUGACUUGUUAAAUCAUUAAUUCAGCUCUACAUGCCCUACAAGCUCUCCAGAAAGUGAAAAAACAAAGAGAAGUUAAGAAAAACAUUUGAGGGAGUGACAUUUGAAAAUGAAAUGAAAGCAAAUACUGUGAAACACUACACUUAUAUUUGGCUUUAUAUUAAAGUCAGGCACCAAUGUGCAGUUUUAAAUCAAGUUGUUGCAUAUAUUGAUCAUAGAAUGGUACUAAAUCGCAAAAAACAAAACAUCAGCUGUUCCCGCAGACAGCGACAGAUCUGCAACCUGUCCAUACAUGACUGUGUGAUUCAAGAGGCGUUAACUAAAUUGAUUAGCAAACACAUCACCCACACACUCAGCAGUAGGAGAGCUGUCACUCGCUUCCUUCUUCCUCUUUAAACACAAGCACAAAAUCAAACCUUUUUUCAUUCGAUGGACCUUUUACAUGGACACUUUACAAUGCAUUUAAUAUGGUAAACUCGACAGAUUGGAGGAACGUUCAUAAAGGAAAAUAUUUUGAACAUGUUAAAAAGCCUACAGAUCUUUUCUAAAGCUAAAUAGAUUACAAUUCAGGUCGUAAUGACAUCAAGGUUUGUCCUUAUGUCAUAUAAUAAUGUGAAGAUCUUUUUAAAUAAUUGCACAAACACUGCUUGAUUGACACAUCAUGCAUCCAUAAGGAAAUAAUGCCUCCAGAUCUGUAUCGUUUUGUAGCUAUGAAGGGAAUUGCAAGAGAUUUAUGCUUCAAUGUUUUUGUGGCUGUUUGGAAGGGGUUGAAGGACUCCAUUAAAGAUGCAAAGAAAAUCCUAUGUAGCUCUAUUCUCUGACCUAAAAUGUAUUUUAAUUGGUUAAAACAAGAUAUUGAUGUCUAU